AGGCUGCCCUACACAGAAAGCAUAAACAAUGGCCAAGGAGAAACAGAGAGAAAAAAUGAAAAACAAUUGAGAGUUUCACUUUCAAUUGAGCCAAUAUGGACACUAAGUGCAACUAUGCAAGUGACCCUUCCCUUCCCCUCGAUGAGUUCAAUGGAGUUGGAAAGCAGAUUAUUGUCCAACUCACAGAGGACCUAUAUACACACACUUGCAGCAAUGAUAAGGAUGGUGACAAUGGCGAUGACAACGUUAAGUUCCACCAUAACAACCACAAGAAUGGAAUCAAAGAAGUUUUUGAAAAUUCAAUGAUAACAGAGAAAAAGCUCGGUGCAAUGUUCAGAGAGGAUAUUGUGAUGGCGAUGCCAUUAAUCUUUGUUCUGUUUGAGGAACAGAAGGGAGAUUCGGCCUUCUGAGAUGGGACGGUGUAAGCCUGCUGAGCAUUCGGCCCACUUAGACGGCCUGUUAAGAAAAAAAAAAGUCAGGUGGUUCCAUAAGGCCCAAGUCUUUUGGGUUCAGAAAGGCUUCAGCAGAGAAGAUAAAUUACUGAGUCUGGG